UAUGAAGCCGUUGUGCAUGCCGUAAUAGGGUAGGCAAACACGUGAAAUGUUGAGAUUGGUGAAUUGUGGGUUACUGCCUUGACGAUCGUUCAGUUCGCUUACGUCUGUCUUUACAUUAAGCCGGUUAAAGGGUUGUACAUUGAUUCUGUACUGAUAAAUGAUAAUAGAAGUUAUUGUUAAUUUGAUGUUAGGCUAUAAUUGAAGAGAAAAGAGAGUACCCAAUUUUAUUGCAUCAUAUUUUUGUGAGUAAAGUUCAAAGUGGAGCAGUUUUGAAAAUGAAGAUUUUGAUAUAUGUGUUUAUAUUUAUGAGUGGAAUAUCAGCUAAGCCAAUAACUCCCGAAUUACCAACAACCGGCAGAGAUGAACAAAAUCUUACAGUGUACAACAACUUAGUUGUUUUGAACGAGCUACUGGAUGUUUUUGACAUACGUAACAUAGGAUCUAAGUGGAGUGACGUUCGUAAUUUAUUGACAAGUAAUUGCUCAAAUGACAUGGGAUACUAUUUACAAGGAAUGCAAUUGGGAAAAAAAUGGGCUAUUUCAAUGGACGAUUCGUCGGGAAAAUAUAGUCAAGGAUUUUUCUGGGGCAACAAUUACUGGAUCGGAUCUAUAACACAGUGUUCCUUCAUCUAUGGAAAGAAUUUAACCCAGAAAAACUCGACAAGAACAACCAAGAACACCGACCUAUCCUACAUCAAUGGAAAUUUUCUCGAAUCUUCCGAUAUGAAUCAGGAGAAUCCACCUUUCAUUCCUGGCUUCUAUAUGCUGAAAGUCUUACUAAACAAUACACACUUAUUAGGACCGCCUCGAACAAUAUUGAUGGGACUGUGCCUUCCUGGAACCUGCCAGCUACGAGAUGUUGUUCAAAUGACUCGUGCAAGUCGUACUACACAGCAAAGUUUCGAGAUAUUAGGCGUGAGAUCUCCAACGUUGAAUAAUUUUUCCCUUUGGAAAGAUAGCACGUUCCAGAUUCUAUGCACCGUAACAAUCGCAGUUACACUAUUGCUAGUUGCUGGCACUGGAUAUGACAUAGGAUUCAGAAGGAGAUUUGAAAAUAACCUACACAUAAAAAACUACACAAAAGAUUUGAAUUCUGAAUCGUCCUCUGGUCUAGGCUGUACCACAUAUGAUCUUACACAAAGCAUUGCUGAAAAAAUGAAUAAAGCCAAUAGCGAUGCGCUUAGUAUUCCAACUGGUAUUAAUAACAAUAACUCUGAUGAAAACCUUACCAUCGAUCCGUUAAGUGCAACGGAUGAAAAACUUAGCAUGUGGGCAGAGUUAUUACUUUCGUUCUCCAUGGUAACAAAUUUCCAAGCAAUUUGCGAUAGGAAUGUAGGCAACGAUACAAUUCCAUCCAUCCACGGAUUACGCGCACUAUCAAUGCUAUGGGUUAUUCUAGGACACACAAUGAUCGUAGUCUUCAAAUACUCGGAUAAUAUGGAACUCAGGAAAGUGGUGGAGAAUGAAGUUCUAUUCCAGGCUGUUUUAAACGGAGCUUAUAGCGUGGAUACAUUUUUCUUCAUCAGUGGUUUUCUCGUUUCAUAUUUAUAUUUUCGGACAAAUGCAAAAGGAAAACUCGAGAAGCUAACACAAGGUGUCAAUGAGUUCACAGCUGGAACAUAUCAUUUUUUCGGAUUAGUAGGAUAUCGUUUCGUCAGGUUGACUGCCCCAUAUCUAUAUGUACUUGGAGUGGUAGAAGUGGCCAUGCGAUAUUUGGAGCAGAACUCAGUGUUUGAACCUCCAACACAAGACCAUAUAAACUGUCCAAAAUAUUGGUGGCGAAACAUAUUGUACAUUAAUACAUUUUUUCCAGUGGAACAAAUGUGCAUGCUCUGGAGUUGGUAUUUGGCAGACGACACUCAAUUUUACAUCAUUGGAGCAAUAAUUUUGAUCAUAGCUGUGAGACAUUUCAAGUUUGCUGCUGGAAUCCUAACUGUCUUUAUGAUAUCUGCGUGGGCAACUACCGCGUACAUAGCUUUUUCAAAUAACCACAUGCCGAAUGGGGACGAUCCAUUUGCAUUAUUCGAUAAAAUUUACGAUAAACCUUGGACGCGACUAGGGCCGUAUCUUGUUGGAAUGUGUGUAGGUUGGACUCUGUUCAAAACGAAUUGCAAAAUUUGUAUUCCAAAAAUUGUAGUUGUCCUAGGAUGGACUGCGUCAACAAUCACGAUUCUUUAUUUACUGUUUGGACUUUUCAACACUACACUGACCAAAAUAGCGGCAGCAGCAUACAGCUCUCUAAGUCACACAGCAUGGGCAGUAGCUUGUGCCUGGGUUAUAAUUGCCUGUUCUACGGAUCAUGGAGGUUGGGUGAAUAAACUAUUAUCAGCUCCUGUUCUCUACCCUUUUUCAAGAGUGACAUACUGUGCUUACUUGGUUCAUCCAAUAGUAAACAGAGUUUAUGCAAUGGAGUCAGAUUCACCAAUUCACAUGACUCCAAACAAUUUGGCUACGCUUUAUUUAGGCCAGGUUGUGUCAUCAUACGUUUUGGCUUUCAUCAUUUCCCUUUCUUUCGAAGCUCCUGUUGUUACAAUGCUUAGAAUUAUGUCGCAUAAUAAAUCAAAGUAAACUUAUUGUGUGAUUGAGGAGGAAAAGUGUGAUUAAUGUUAAUGAUGUUGACAAGAAUACAUGUUCAAAUUAAAAAUUUUAUAUUCCUUAUAAUUAAAACCAAAAGCUAUCUAGUUAUUAAGUGGUAUUAAUAUAGAGUUUUGUGUGUCUCAAGGUAGAAAUGGUGUUUCAAACCGAUCUUGCAACAUCGAAUUAAUUAUGCAAAUAAAUGCUCGUGAAUAACAAAUGAAUUGCGAAAGUGAAAUAAUUUUAUGUUAAUGUUCACAAUAUAAACCGAAAACAAUACAUUCAAACAAAAAUUGGCCUUCAGGAUCCUUGAUCUUGUACGCCUGUAAAUACGUGCGUUGAAACGUUCAAAUAAGUUCAAAAAAUACUAGACUCGCACACCAUUUUUGUUGUGCUUCCCGAAUCGAAUGUUCCCAUCAAUUUUAACAGGGAUUUGAAUAUGCAAAUCUUCUUAUCAACUAUAGACGUAUUCUGCGUAAUAGUAUUACUUUUUGUAGUAACUAGAACUUUGGUAUUUUGUCAGGUGUGUGAAGUGAGAGUAGUUGUGAAGUAUAUGUAUCAUCAUAACAAA